AUGUCGAACAUUCCUCCACAUUACUCUGACCGCUAUGUAGGCCAACGGUUCAACAAAGCGCUUCAUAUCGUACAGCAUUUGUCUCCGUCAUCCAGUUUUCAACCCACCAAAGAACAAAAACUAGAAUUAUAUGCAUUAUAUAAACAAGCUGCACAGGGUAAUGUCAACACGCAACGACCAGGCAUAUUUGACGUUGUUGGACGAGCGAAAUGGGACGCUUGGAAAAAAAUGGAAGGGCUUAAUAGUUUGGAAGCAAAACAUCGCUAUGUGGAGGUUUUAUUGCGCGUUGCUGUUGAGGUUAAUUAG